AUGAAGGAGGAAGGCGACCUGAGAAUUACUUACGAAGAGAAGGACCGGCUGCAAAAGGCAUUCAGGCAACACGAAUUCCGAGCGCUAUUUGAUGACUACUUUGAUGAGGUCUCAGAUGAAAAGUACCGAAAGGAAAAGGAGGACUACCUUUUCACCUUAUUCUUUAAUGGGGAGCUGAAAAAAAACCAAAUAAUCAUCGAGCCUACUGUAGCCUUCUGUGUGAAGACUAAAAUUGUGUACUCCAAUCAGACACAGCAGAAAAUGUUCGUAAAUAUUUGUUCUCAUGAGGGGAUGCACUGUAUGUCCUUUGAGGGAGAUGGGCGGGGCAGGUUGAGCAUCCCCUACUCCCUUUCGCAGAUGAGGCCGGACAAGACGGGAAAAGGCGCGUCCUGCCUCACCGUGGACUGCUGCACUAACCCCUCCACCAUAGACAUGGUGAGGACGCACAACGAGAUUUUGAACUACCUCCUGGAAAACGUCUGCAUGAACAUUGAAAAAAAUAUACUAAAGGAUAGGGAGAAGAUAAGCCGGGACUUUAAAAUAUCGAAGAAGAUGGUCUGCAAAGGAGGAAAGCCUUUUGUCCUGUGCAUUAACAAGGAGUUUCUAAAUCCCUCAGUUGUGCUGGACGUGCAAAGGAAGCUAGAAAGCAUGAGGAGUAAGUUUGAGAAGGAGCAUGACACCACGACGCCGUCGAAAGUGGAAAAACUUUUGUCAGGAAGUAAGGUGAAGACGGAGGUGCACGUGGGGAAAGAUCAGCAGGAGGAUCACCAGAAGGAUCAGCAGGUAUAUGCAAAGGAUAGCGAGCUAGAGACCAUUGCACAGUGUAGUGAACACGACGAACAGAUGGAGCAAACAAGGAAGACGCAAGUUUUUGUCACCUACCAAGGGUCCAUAAACGCAGCUUCUUUAUGGGGACAAAACGAACACCCGAAUGUGUGCAUAAGCUUACCAGAGAAAAUUAAAGUUUCUAUAUGCACUAAGGGGUGCGUAACAAGAGAAAAUAUAUUGCUGCAGAUUGAGAAGAAAAAGGUGGAGGUGAAAUUUGUGAACUGCGAUGAGGAUGACGUGGUGGCUGAUCUCCCUUACCCAUGCAACGUGCAGGACUACUCCUGCGUCAUAAGAAGGGACAAGACAAACAUCGAAAUUUACCUCCAUUUGUGCGAAGAGUUCGUUAAGACGUAUGCCAAGAGUUUGUAUGAGAAGUACUUUUCCAGGCAGGAGGCGGAGGUGCACGUGGCAGAGCUGGACUACAUCGACGACGUGUUGCAGGGGGCGGAGGCGAACACGGCAAAUGCGGUAAACGUGGCAAACGUGAUAGACGUGGAAAACGUGGCAAACGUGAUAGACGUGGAAAACGGGUCCAACUUGGAGGACUCCCAGGUGCAGUGCGCCGAGCAAGCCGAUGUGGAGUUCCCAUCAGGGGAGGAAAAAACAAAGGAACACACGGGCAGCGUAGGAGAAGAAAGGAUCCAUAAUGACUUAACCCCAUUUGAGGAAAAACAAUUUUUAGACUUCUCCCAAGGGGAGGAGAAUAUAAAAAGGGAACUUCCCCCCGCUGAUGAAUCUGAGUGUACAAUGGAGAGGGAAGAAAUAGAUGUGGCGGAUAACACCACGCCAUUUUCUGAGGUAGGAAAAAACAAUGAGGAAGAAAAACAAAAGGAACACAUUCAUUGCGCGUUGGGAAAGAGAGAGGAUUCACUUGAGGGGGGGAAAACUAUGUCCUCUGAUUGUUCCAAAAUAGAGAUCAUCAAUGAUGAUGCUACCGUUGCAACAAAGGGAGUGGCCCCCCAAAGUGCUCAGUCAUCACCUGGAUUGGUCCACAAACAUGGGGGAAAGAAAGCAAACAAACUGGUCGAGGAACGUGAAAAGGGUGAAAUGCUCACCUACGAAGUGGACCCUAAUGGAGGACAGUCUCUGCUAGACAUGCAAAUGUACGAGACUAUGGACAUGGCGGGGGCCUUCUCGUGCAGCUUGUGGACGGCCUACUUGUAA